UUUUUCUUCUCUUACACUAAGUUGGCUAAUCUGAGUUUGAUUUUAAAAUCUUGAAGACGUAACGGAUUAUUUAAGAAAUAUAAAGAAGAUAUAUUUUUCAAGAUGGUUGAGGACACAAUCCGUGUGGCCGUACGUAUUAGACCGCUGAUAAAAAGUGAAAUAGAAAAGGGUUGUGAAGAAUGUUUAGAUACAACACCUGGACAACCACAAAUAAUUAUAAAAAAUACAGAUAGAGCAUUUACAUUUAAUUAUGUUUUUGCUCCGGAUGUUAAUCAAGAAAAUUUUUAUAACACAGCUAUUAAAGAAAUGGUGACACGUAUCUUUGAUGGUUACAAUGUUACGAUACUUGCUUAUGGUCAAACUGGAAGUGGUAAAACACAUUCAAUGGGUACUGAUUAUAAUGGGGUAGAGAAUAUGGGCAUUAUACCUCGAGCUAUGCAAGAUAUAUUUAAAAUAGUGGCAUCUAAAGAGGAAUGGAAUUUUAAGACGUCUGUGUCCUUCAUGGAACUUUAUCAGGAACAAUUAUAUGACUUAUUAUCAGACAAACAACGUACUCAUAGUACUGUAGAUAUUAGAGAAGAUAAUAAAGGAAUAAGAAUUGUUGGUGUUACGGAGAAAGAAGUACAAAGUGCCGAUGAAUGUUUAGAAUGUUUAAUCGAAGGAUCGCAAGGUAGAGUAACAGGUUCUACAGCAAUGAAUGCUCAAAGUAGUAGAAGUCACGCGAUAUUUACGUUACAUAUUCAACAACAAAAAGGAAAUGAUCCCAAUACAGCAACAACUGCAAAAUUUCACCUGGUAGAUUUAGCUGGUUCUGAACGUUCUAAAAAAACACAAGCAACCGGAGAAAGAUUCAAAGAAGGCGUUCAUAUAAAUAAAGGUUUAUUGGCAUUAGGAAACGUUAUUUCUCAAUUAGGAGAAAAUGGAAGUAAUUCAUAUGUCGGUUAUCGGGAUAGCAAACUUACAAGAUUAUUACAAGAUUCACUCGGUGGUAAUUCUAUGACUCUUAUGAUAGCUUGUGUUAGUCCAGCAGAUUAUAACAUGGAUGAAACACUUAGCACAUUAAGGUAUGCAGAUCGUGCACGAAAAAUAAAGAAUAAACCGGUUGUUAAUCAAGAUCCAAGAGUAGCUGAAAUUAAUCGUUUAAAUGAAUUAGUACAAAAAUUGAAACUUGCUCUUUUGCAUCAAGAAUCACAGCAAUCAUGUUCGAGCGAUUGUCAAGAGCUACAAAAGAAGAAUGAACUGUUACAACAAAAGAUUAGAGAUUUGACAGAACAAUUAAAUGGCAAUUUAAUUAAAAUGGUUUUUAUGCAUGAAAAAACUGAGCUAGCGGAACAAUUACACGAUAAAAUUAAAGCUGAGAUGGCUUUAGUAUUGGAAGAUUGUAAAGAAUUAUUAGAUAGUUAUAGUGAAAGUUCUAAACAUAAUGACGAACAUUAUGUUAAAUUAAAAGUUAUGUAUCAAAAAAUACUUGAUAUACAAACAAAUGAAAAGAAAACAUCGGAAGAACUCUUUAAUCAUGCAAUGUCUCUGGAAUUAAAAUCACCUAUAAUAAAGGAUAAUGAAAAUGAUAUAGAUAAUGUAGCCAGUGAUGGAGAAUUAUCUAACUGUUUAGAAGAUUUUGAUAAGAAACAUGAAGAGCAUACGUUGCUUCAGACAGAGAGAAAUAAUCAAGUUCAAGAUAUAAACAGAGAGUUGGCCAUUAAGGAACAUCUUAUAUCUGAACUUUUAAAAAAUUCUUCGCAUGUUAUAGAAUACUCUAAAGAAUUACAAGACAUGGAACAAGAAAUCAAAACACUUCAAGCUGAAAAAGAUGAACUUUUAGUAGCACUGCGUAAUGCUCAAGCCAAUAAUGUUGGCUCGAAAUUAGCAGAAAGUCGGCGUAAGAAGGUACAAGAGUUAGAGAAAAAGAUUACAGAAUUGACUCAAAAAUGUUUGGAGCAAAGUAAAACAUUAAAAGCUAAAGAGAAAUUGCAACAACAAAUUAAAAAUUUAACGAAUGAAAUUCAAUCAUUAAAACAAACACGAGUGAAAUUAGUUAGACAAAUGCGUAACGAUGCGGAUAGAUUCGCUGAAUGGAAACGAGCUAGAGAAAAAGAACUUAAUAAGUUAAAAGAGUUAGAUAGAAAACGGGCUAAUCAAAUGGCACGAUUACAAAUGCAACAUAAUAAACAACAAAAUGUAUUCAAGAGAAAAAUGGAAGAAGCUUAUGCGGCUAAUAAAAGAUUAAAGGAAGCACUUGAAGUACAGAAGAAAGCGAAAGAGAGAAGAGAAAAAACGUUAAAUAAUAAAAAUGACAUUCAAUCAUGGGUGAGACAAGAACUUGAAAUAUUAUUAAGUACAGUGGAUGCAGAAAAUUCACUUCAAAAGUUAAUAAGUGACAGAAAGUAUUUAAAGUGUCAAUUAGAAGAACUUAAAAAUGAUUCUAAUGUAGAUGAGACAGAAUUGGCAGAACUUAAGGAAUUUUUGACUUUGCGUAAUACACAAAUACAAGACUUGCAGCAAAAAAUUAAUGAAGCAAACGAAGAAAAUAGAGCAAAUAUAAGAAUUAAUACUAUACAAACUAUGACUGAUGCAAAAGUUGCUAUUAAAUUUCUUUUUGACAUUACUGCAGAAGAUAGAAAGAAGCUUAUGGAAAAAUAUACAAAUUUACAAACUAAUUUAGACGAAUGUCGUCAAAGAGAAGAGAAACUGAAACAAGAAAUAGAAACUUAUAAAGAUAAAUUAAAUCGACCUGAGAAAAAAGUUCUAAAAGAGAAUAAUUCUAGGAAGAACAAUGAGGAUUCUUCAAUUAUGAUUACUCCAAAAGUACAAAAAAUAUCUUCAAAAUAUCAUGAAAAUUCUUUUCUAUCAGAUGAUAGUUUUAUUGAAGAUGAUGUAGAGAAAGAUCCAGAUUGGACUCGAACACCGCUUUAUAAUAAAAUACAAAAGCUUUUGGAUACAACAAAAAAUCCUAGGCAAUCUGUAAAGCGUCCAUCUGAUGGGGAAGUGAAAUGCGCCUGUAAAACAAAAUGCAUUACUCGUCUUUGUUCGUGUCGCAAAAAUGAUCGCAUAUGUAAUAAUUGUCAAUGCAAUCCAGAUUUAUGUCAAAAUAAUGAUAUAAACAAACUGAUCCAUUCGUAUUUCCGAGACUAUGAAGAGGAUCAAGAUGAAAAUUCAAUAAAGAAACCAAGAUUGGCUAAACAACUGUCGGGUAACGGUAUUUGAAAUUUUUUUAAAUAAGUUUUCAUCUCAAUCAUAAUUUCAAUUACUUUUUUAACUUUAUAAACUACAUU